UUCGAAGAGUCGAAAGGGAAAAGGCAAUAGAGUGAGAGAAGUGCUAUACAGUCUAAAUCAUUUAAGCAGGUUUUGGUCAAUUUCAUCAAUUGGGUUAUGCAGACAAAGAGGAAGCUUACGGUGUAUAUGAUCAUCGAUAACUGGUUAUAUUGAAGGGAAACUUCAGCCAUUUCGUCCAGGAUGGAAAUGGCUUCAUCUUCAACUCUAGACAUGUUGAGUAAUCUGCCAGAGAGUAUGCUAAAUAACAUCUUAUCACGUUUGUCAUUGAGGGACAUGGUGAGGACCACUGUCCUAUCAACCAAGUGGAGAUACAAAUGGACUUCAGUUCCACAUCUCAUAUUCGAUGAUGAAUAUUUACCAGUUUAUUUUGGUCCAUUUGGUCAUGAUAAACUUGUUAAAAUUGUCAAUCAUGUUCUCCUACUUCACAGAGGCCCAGUUCUAACCUUUGAGAUCUCUAGUUCGCAGUUACGAACCUGUUCAGAGAUAAACAGCUGGAUUCUUUACCUCUCAUUCAAUUCUGUCAAAGAAUUUAAACUUCAUAUUUCUAAGUCGGAGCGUCAUAUUGUUCCUCCAUGUUUAUUCUCCUUUGGACAUCUAAUUCAGCUAAUACUGAUUGGCUGCAUAAUUGUACCUCCUACGACGUUCAAAGGUUUUAGUUAUCUCAAAAAUCUCUCUCUUAAAAAGGUUACACUCUCUAAUGCAUCAUUGGAAUGUUUGCUUUCUUCUUGUCCUUGGCUUGAAAGGUUGACUUUGAUUGAUAUUGAUGGUCCUACUCAUGUUGAAAUUUGCAAUCCAAAUCUCAAGUAUUUGUUUUUCGAUGAUAAAUCCAUUGGUAUAAGCCUUAAAGAUUUGAGACUUUUAGUUUAUGCAAAUCUUCAUGCAAUAAAUGUGGCUCAUCCUGACCAACAAGGGACUUGCAAUUUUACAAGCAUUCUUGGCUCUAUGCUCAAUAUUCAAAAGCUUGUCAUGAAAGGCUGGUUUCUAGAGUCCUUAGCCAUUGGUGAUGUGCCAAGGAGGCUUCCUUCUACUUAUGAUCAUUUGAAGAGCAUCUCCUUCCCAUUAAACAUGGAGGAUGUGAAACAGAUUUUAGUUGCUGUAUGUUUACUGAAUAGCUCCCCUAAUUUGCAAGAGCUUGAAAUCUUGCUCUGCCGUAAUAGGGAAUAUGCGAUUGUUCCUGUCAUGGAUCUGCAAGAAGCAAAGGAUCAAUUGGAGUGUACAUUCAACAAACUCCGGGUUGUAAAUAUGUCUAAACUCUUCGGUAUUGAAACUGAAUUGGUGCUCAUUAAAUUUAUCCUUGCCAAUUCACCAGUGCUUGAGACAAUGAGUAUCAGUCCUGCGAAAAAGGGGAUUGAAUUGACAUUGUUCAAAGAGUUGCUUCAAUUCAAAAGAGCUUCACCACGAGCAAAAAUUGUGUACUUGGAUGGAAGUGACCCAAGAUGAUGUCCACUUUUCUCCCCUUUUUUGAAGUGUGUGUUAGCAGGUGUGCCAGUGGUCAAAUGCGUAUGUUGAAGAGCAUUCAUCUGUUGCCAAUUGGAACUAGUGACUAAGGCUUGAUUUUCAAUGUUUUGUGGGAUCCUAAUGAUUUGGCAAUGACAGCAUUCAUGGAAGGCUUGAUUUUCA